AUGGACAGGGUAACUAUUUUAGAUAACAAAACUGAAAAUUUGACAUUUCAUCCUCAUAAUUCUAAAAAUCUUCUUAAGAAAUUACAUGACAUUUGCAAUUGGGAUCAACUUGAUAAUGUGGCUAUAGAGUAUCAUGAUUUACAAGAAACUAUUUAUAUACAUUACAGAGAAAUUCUUGUCACAAAAAAUAUAAUUUCUGAUUAUUUAAAAUGCAUAAAAAAUGUUGAAUUUAUUGGUAUAUAUUUUGAUGUUCCUGAAUAUUGUGUAAUUUUUAUAAUGCUUGGAAUUUUAAGUAGCAAACACAGCUUUGUAAAUAUACCUGUAGAUACAAUAGAAUUUAUGAAUUUAAAAUGUUAUUUAAAUAUGCAGUAUUUAUUUUGUAAACAAAUAAUUGUUGAAGGAGACAUUAUAUAUCAAUUUAAAAUACAUGGAGAAUGCAUUUAUCUUAUCAAAUUGAAACAUAUACAAAAACAAAUUGUACAAAAUUCGAAACAGGAUUAUUAUGCUUAUGCAAUUUCUACUUCUGGUUCAACUGGAGUACCAAAAGUGAUCAAAGUUACUCAUUCCUGUAUAGUUCCUAAUAUUUUAGAUUUGAACAAAAUACUGACAAUAACAAAGUGUGAUAAAAUUUCUCAAUUUACAAAUUUUACAUUUGAUCCUAGUGUUAUUGAAAUUUUUCUUGCACUCUCAAAUGCUGGAACACUUUUUAUGGUUUCAAAGUCAUUGAAGAACAAUCCAAAUAGGCUUUUGAAAAAAGCUUAUUCUAAUCAAAUUACUAUAUUGCAAAUAACUCCAUCAGUUUUUAUGUAUAGUUGGACAGCUGAAUGUUUAAAGACCAGUAUUUUGAGUAAUAAUAGUUCAUUAAGAGCUAUUCUUUUUGGCGGUGAACCUUUUCCCAAACUGGAAUUAAUUUCUGAAACUAAGCAUCCUUAUAAUAGUACAAAAAUUUAUAACAUUUAUGGUAUUACUGAAGUAUCUUGUUGGGCUAGUAUUAAUGAAAUUAUAAUAACAAAUGGACAAUUUAAUGUACAUUACUUGGGACAAUUAUUAUCACAUACUAUGUUUCAAGUUAAGAAUGAAAAUGGAGAAUUAAUAACAAAUGGUACAGGUUCUCUUUAUAUAGGUAGUAAUCAAAGGGUGUGCGUGGUGAAUGAUGAAAAUAUAGAAGAUUUAGAAUUACCAUUAUUUCGUGACUCUGGUGAUAUAGUUAAUAUUGAUGAAAAUGGUAGGAUAUUUUACAAAGGAAGAAAGAAUAGUCUUGUAAAAAAAUUUGGAAAUAAAGUAGAUCUGACAAAAAUUCAAGAAUUUGUGUUACAAAUAGAUUUUGUAAAAAGUAGUUAUGUAGUAUGGGAUGAUAGUAGUCAUCAAUUACAUUUAUAUUUUUCUACUAAAGAAAAUAUUACAAAUUAUCAUGAUGUAAAUACCAAUAUGAUGAGGCAUUUGAGUAAAUUAGAUCCUUUAUAUAGACCAGAUAAAAUUCAUUUCAUGGAACAUGUUGAAUUUACAACUAGUGGAAAAAUUUCUUUAGAAUUUUCGAAAAAGCACUACACACAAGAAGAAUUAAGGUAUAAAGCAUUAGAUAACAUUGAUUUAAAAGAAAUUGAAGUUACUUUUACAUCUAUUUGGGAGAGCAAUCUACAACAUAAAAAUGACGGAUUUGUAAAAUUAGGAGGUACAUCCAUAUUAGCACUUCAAAUAUCAAAUACAAUAUCUGAAAUAACAGAUAUCGAAUUUCCUGACUUAAUUGGCAUGCUUUUGAUGGAUGCUACUGUUAAUGAAUGUUUUAUUUAUAUAAAAAAUACUAUAUUAAGUCAGGAUCAAAAAAAAAUAAUCAGUCUCAAAGGGAUGCCUGUAAUUACCACUAUUAUUAAUAUAGAAAGAAAACAGCCUUCGGGAAACUAUAAUGAAAAGGAAAGUUUGAACUCAGUGACUCAAACAAAUGAGAUUUAUACGUGUCAGUGGUACAAGUGUAGAGGGCAGACAUAUAAAAAUGUAUCAUAUGUAAGUGAAGAGUAUAAAAUACAAUAUGAUACAAUUUCAAAUGUUAAAGUACUUAACACACAUGAUUUAGAAAAGUGUGUAGAUGCAUCACCAACUAUAUUUUGUUAUUCCGAUGGGAAAAUAUAUACAACUGUUGGUUCUCAUUCUGGAUUUAUUUUUACUUUUGGAUUAGAAAAGGAGUGCUAUAAUUCUACAUAUAAAAUCAAACUACCUGACAGAAUUGAGGCUUCAGUUUUGAUUCUAGAUAACUUUAGAGGAGUAGUGGGAUGUUAUGAUGGUAAUGUAUAUUGCUUUCACUUAAAAACGGGACAAAUCAUUUGGAAUUAUCAAACAGGAAAUAUUGUUAAAUGUUCUGCAAUACUUUGUAAAUUAAAAAAGACAAUAUUUGUUGGUUCCUAUGAUUGUUAUGUAUAUUGCUUAUCUGUGAAGGACGGCUCUGAAGUUUGGAAAUUUAAAUGCGGCAAUGGAAGUAUUAGCGCGUCUGGUUGUUUACACUUUUCAUCGAAUACUGUAUUGUUUGGAACAUUAGAUGGAUCGUGUUUAGCACUUCAACAAUCAUCAGGAAAACUCGUAUGGAAACAUAAAUUAUCAGAUCCAAUCUUCGUUGCUCCUUUGUUACUGAAUAGUGGACUUGUCUUGUUUUGUUCCGUAACAGGACUAUUAUGUUGUUUUGAUAUUGAAGUUAAUGUUAAGAUGUGGACAUACAAAAUUAAUGGUAAUGUAUUUUCAUAUCUUGUGAAGCAGGAUAAUACCUUUACAAAAUAUGAAAAUAUUAUUUUAGCUAGUCAGAAUAAAAAUGUGUACUGUUUAGAAUCAGAUGAUACAAACUUUAAGACUAAACCUACGUUGAAAUAUGUAUUAAAUUUUCAUUCGCCGAUUUUGGCCACUCCCUGGUGUGAAAAUAAUUUUCUGUUCGUAAUGUGUACAGAUGGUACUUUAAAUAUAUAUAACUUUGUAAACAAUAGAUUGAUCAAAAUUGAAAAACUUCCUGGAGAGGUUUUUUCAUCACCUGUUGUUGAUAAUGAUGUUGUGGUCAUUGGAUGCAGGGAUAAUAACAUCUAUGUCUUAGAACUUGUUUAAAUUAUUAUUGGUAAGUAAAUGUAUCAAGUAUUUUUUAUAUCAUGUA